AAAUUAAAGCUUAAAAAACAUACAAACUUGUCAAACAGGGGUUCCCUUUCGGAGUUGCCAGGGGGAAGAAAUAUGCUGUCGGACACGUCCGGAAGCAGCGUGUGUUAGCUAGCCGCGAAUGGACUUCUCUGUUAUGUCUUUUUAGUGCAAUGUCACUCUGUAUUCUCGCAUUAUAUGUAUAUUUUCCCCCUCCAACAUGGUUGGGAAAGCGCUGCGUGUGACCUCGGGACAUUCAUUUGACAGCUUUCUGAAGAUAGAGCAGUAAAGGAAGGAGCAUGUGUGAGCUAACCGGGGUUUUUAAAUGUUAAAGGAGGAUGUUUGUUGACCUUGCUAAGAGCUUGGAGAUACUAUUUGUGGUGAAUUCGUUGUACUGACUAUUCAGAUAUCUUUAUAACAUAUAUGCAAAGUGGAAAGUUGUAGAUUUAUUCACUUAAAGCUAAAAUAAUCGAGUUAAAGCUGCCAUUGUUUUGUUUUUGCUGCUGUAUUCGCUUAGUAAGGGGAUUUAAAGAAUAAUUUCAUCAAAAAUUUGAUGUCAGCAUGAAGUGGCAAGUUUAAGGACCCUUUUAUUGUCAUAUUUCGUGAAUAAUAAGACGCUAUAAUGUCUGUGUGGAGGACAGAAGAAAUCAUGAGACUGGGAAUCCGCUGCUGCAGCCUCAGGUCUCUAUUGCAACAACGCAGCAUCCUGAUAACAACACCUAUCAAAGACAGUUUUUUCCCGAGUACACAGCUGGCACACAAACUGGGUUCAAGGCAGAAGCAGGGGAGUGUUGUCAGGCCAGUGAGGUUUUACUCUCAGGAAAGGAUCCACAGUGAAGAGCUCCUCUCCUCGUCGCCUCCUGCUGAGGUUCCCCCCGAUGAUCCCACCUCAGACCAGCUCCAGAGGACGUCCCCCUUCAUGGACCACCUGCAGCAGUGCAUCUCCCCAUCAGACGUGCUGGACCUCACCUGUCAGUUCACACCCACACCUCGACAGGUCAGCAAAUGUCUCACCUACAUGUGGUCCAGCACCAAGAAGAUGACGGACGAGCAGCGGCGCUACGAGCUGCGGCUGAUGUUCGAGAGUCCUGCGUUCGACCUGCUGCUUCAGAAGGCCAUGAAGAACGUGGGGAACCUGCGCAAUGAGGACUUGGCGUACUCUCUUUUGAGUAUGGUCAAACUUGGGGUUCCUCAACGCAGCCGGGUCGUCCAGACUUUCCUCCGAGCCUGCCAGGAGAGGCUGAACGACUUCAAUGAGAAGGGGCUGUCCAUCCUGUCCUCCUGUCUGGAACACAUGGAGAGCUGCCCUAAUGUGUCAGCACUGAAGGACGGCAUGAGGCUGGUGGCGAAGGUCAAACUUAAUGAUAUACAGAACGUGGUCGCUCUCCAAACCAUGAUGCGUCUGCUGGGGAAAGAUGCUCCGCUGGACUUCAAACGCAAGCUAGAGAUGAAGGCUCUCUCAAUGCAGGACCAGUUCAGCCUCCCUAACUCUCAGCACAUGAUCUCCACUAUGGCCACAAUGGGCUUCCGCUCCAAACCUCUCCUGGAGGUCUGCACCAAGAAGAUCCGAGAAAACCUUCACACCAUCCCGUUCAGCCGAUUAUUCAAGGUCCUGCAGUCCUGCUCGGAGCUGCACUACAGAGACCCGGAGCUGCUGAUGGACAUUUCAGAAUAUGUGGCAUCUGUGAUUGACAUCUGGAGCAACAAGCAGGCGGUCCUCUUCCUCUAUAGUUUCGAGAAACUCGGCUUCUCUCCUGAUGCUUUAAUGAAGGCGUUUGCAGAGAAGGUGAUCGCAGAUCCAGAUGUUCUGAUGCUGAAAGACCUCCUCUGCGUCCUGAAAGUGUACUCUUCUCUGAACUACGACCUGCAGCAGCAGAGACAGCAGUUCCUGGAGAGCCUCAGCCAGGUGGUUGAGUCUUAUCUCCCUAAGAUGUCCCGGUUUGAGUUAUUGAGGGUUGUUCACUAUCUGUGUCUGCUGGGUCACUUCCCUCCUGCACCGCUAGAGCUGCUCCUGCAGGACGGCACACUGGAGCACUUAAAGACGACUCCGCCAAAGUUCAUCCCAAAACAGGAGAAGCUGCUCCGGGUGGUGGACUUGUGCCUCCGUCUUGACCGUCCUCCAGUCCCUCAGCCUCUCACGGUCCCCUCAUCCAUCCUGGGAGACCUCACCCCCAUCCGCUCAUCUGUCAGCCCUUUGCUCUCUGAUUGUCUGCGGGAGGUGUUGGAGGACCAGGUGGACACAGAGCUGCAGGAAGCGGUGCUGGAGGAGGACUUCUACUUCAUUGACGCCGUGAUCACCAAACCUCCAUCGUGCCAGACGUCUGUGACUGAAGCUAGUUCUGCAGGAGACGAGGCCUCUCCAGUAGAGAGCAGUCACAGAGUUGCAGUUUUUUGCGCGAUACCGUCUAACUUUUGCUUCGGUACCUCUCGGCCCUGUGGUCCUCUGGCUGCUAAGAUCCGCCACCUGAGGAUUCUGGGAUACAAGCCUGUCGUGGUGGUGGAGCACAAGCUGCACUCUCUGUCUAAGGAGGAGAGGACAGAGUUUCUAAGGGGACUAAUUUUUCCAGAACACCACAGAUCUGAUGUGAACUGAAAUGGAGCAACUGGAAUCCUGAGGAUAAAUGUGCAAAUAUUAAAAACACAGACUUUGUUGCACCAUUCAAAACUUUGUAAACAAGUGAAUAAAUAUGAUAUAAAGAAUCUGA